UUAUUGGGGGCAUUAAAGAUCCGAUGGGUGGACCUGCAGUAGUAUUUCCAGCCCCGUGAUUUGCUGGUUAACUGUCAUUUCGCUCUAAUCGCAGCUCUGGUUCGUGGAGCUUGUCCAGCCCUCCCGUCCAAGGACGCACGGAGUGAAGCGACUGUACUGCGUGCGGUUUGGUUAAAGCCCGAAUACCUUCACUGUGAAGGCUGGGCGCUGGGAAGGAGGAUCGGGGCCUCGUUGGAGCUGAGAGAAGAGGCUUAAACUCCCCACCUAUGGCUCUUUUGUAGGACGGUUUCUAUCUUCACUUGGGAUUGUGGAAGGGACGUCAUUAAAAGUCAUCUGAAGCCGCACAGAGGUUUUAUUCACUUGUGGGCGUCCGAUCAUGGAGAUGCAAAGGUGGUCCACAAGGUGGAAAACGAAAAGAUGGUUUAUGGAUUCCACUGUAACUGCAUUCAUCACUUUAACCCUGGUUCUACAGGCUGCUAAUGUGAAAGCAGUGGAACCAGUGGAUGUCCUAAAAGUAUUAGCUUUUCAUACUUACCCUGAAGGAGUGACAAAAACAUCAGGAUUUUGUACAAACCGAAGAGCAUCAUCACCAGACUCAGCUUACAAAGUUGGCAAGCAGAUCCAGAUCAGCGCCCCCACCACACAGUUAUUCCCUGGUGGUGUUUUUCCUGAGGACUUCUCCAUCCUGACCACAGUGCGCCCCAAGUCUGGCCUCCAGUCCUUCUUGCUCUCCAUCUACAAUGAGCAGGGUGUCCAGCAGCUGGGUGUGGAGGUUGGACGCUCACCUGUCUUCUUGUAUGAGGAUCAGACAGGCAAGCCGGCCCCAGAGGACUACCCCCUGUUCCGUAGUCUCAACCUUGCUGAUGGAAAGUGGCACCGUGUGGCCAUCAGCGUGGAAAAGACGAUGGUCACUUUCAUUGUCGACUGUAAGAAGAAGAUCACCAAGCCUCUCCUCAGAGGUGACUUUGCAUCGAUCAGCACCAGUGGCAUCACUGUGUUCGGCACCAGGCUUCUGGAUGAGGAGGUUUUCCAGGGAGACAUCCAGCAGCUCCUGAUUGUGGCUGAUCCCAAAGCAGCGUACGACUACUGUGACCAUUACAGCCCCGAUUGUGACAAACCCCACAGCGAUUCUCUGCAGGCCCAGGAGCCAGAGGAGAGAGAGAAACAUAGCAUCACCAUGACCAAGAGGAGGACCAGAAAGUCCCUAAGUAAAACUAAGGCCAAGCCCUUAAAAUUCUUGGCUGCCAAAAAAUCACCCACGAAAACGUAUCUGUCUAAGAAGAAGCGACAGAUGCAUGGGUACCAGGCCACAGCGCCGGCACGUCCCAGGGGCAAUUUUAGGCUAAGCAAUUUAGAGGGAAAUUACAAUACAGAAAAUGACUACGGAACUGUAGAUGGUACUCAGACUCAGUCUCCCUUUGCCACGUUUGGACCCAAUGAGGCUGUGGAGGAGGAUUAUGUCAGUGAAGUCCUCACUGAUACUACUCCCAUUGCUCCAGAACCCUCCACUGUUCCUGAAACAGUGGAUAACUUGGAGACUGGCGCAGAAGCGUAUGACUUUAAGGAGUAUGACCUGAAGGAGUUUGACAGGUUGUAUGAUUAUGGUACAUAUGAUGAGUAUGGAAUUGCCCCAUCCAAAACCCCAGCAGCCUACGAUGAUGCGGUUGGGCCUGGGGUUGCUGCUGAAACCGACGUUUCUGAGAGUACUGUUCAGGGUGGUGAAGCAGCCUUUGGCCAGAAGGGUGAAAAGGGGGAACCGGCUGUGAUUGAACCUGGCAUGCUGAUUGAAGGACCCCCAGGACCACCCGGCCCAGCCGGUCUUCCAGGACCUUCGGGCCUACAGGGACCCCCAGGUACUGCUGGAGAUCCUGGUGACAGAGGUCCUCCCGGUCGCGCUGGUCUGCCUGGUGCUGAUGGGUUACCAGGACCUCCGGGUACCAUGCUUAUGUUGCCAUUCCGUUUUGGUGGGGAUGGUGAGAAGGGUCCCGUGGUGUCGGCCCAGGAAGCUCAAGCACAGGCCAUCCUUUCCCAGGCCAGACUGGCUAUGAGGGGACCCCCUGGGCCGAUGGGUUUGACUGGCAGAUCCGGGCCAGUGGGUCCACCUGGUGCUACUGGACUGAAAGGUGAAGGUGGUGAUCAUGGUCCUCAGGGUCCUCGUGGCAUCCAAGGGCCUCCAGGACAGCCUGGCAAAGCUGGAAAAAGGGGUCGUGCUGGUGCAGAUGGUUCCCGUGGGAUGCCAGGAGAGUCAGGCAGCAAGGGUGAUCGAGGCUUUGAUGGACUUCCUGGGCUGCCUGGUGAAAAGGGACACAGGGGAGAGCCAGGCCCCAUGGGACCAAUAGGUUCCCCAGGAGAGGACGGGCAGAGAGGUGAAGAUGGAGAGAUUGGGCCAAGAGGAUUAGCCGGAGAGAGUGGUCCCAGAGGUCUGCUUGGACCUCGUGGUCCCCCAGGACCCCCUGGAUCCCCUGGUGUUGCUGGAGUUGAUGGACCUUCAGGUCCCAAAGGAAAUAUGGGACCACAAGGAGAGCCAGGCCCACCUGGUCAGCAGGGAAUUCCUGGAACACAGGGCCUUCCUGGUCCUCAAGGGCCCAUCGGACCACCUGGAGAAAAAGGACCUCAGGGCAGGUCGGGGUUGCCUGGACUUCCUGGAGCUGAUGGCCCUCCUGGGCAUCCUGGUAAAGAGGGUCCUCCUGGAGAGAAAGGAGGCCAGGGUCCACUGGGUCCCCAAGGUCCUAUCGGUUAUCCUGGCCCUCGUGGUGUGAAGGGGGCUGAUGGUGUCCGUGGUCUCAAGGGAUCGAAGGGAGAGAAGGGAGAGGAUGGAUUCCCAGGUUUCAAGGGGGACAUGGGGAUCAAAGGCGACCGGGGUGAGAUUGGCAUGCUUGGACAACGAGGGGAGGAUGUCAGGGCCUCUUGGACCAGCUGGAGAGAAGGGUAAACUCGGUGUCCCGGGGCUGCCAGGUUAUCCUGGACGACAAGGACCAAAGGGCUCAACCGGAUUCCCUGGGUUCCCUGGAGCCAAUGGAGAAAAAGGGGCCAGGGGUAUUGCAGGAAAACCUGGUCCAAGAGGGCAAAGGGGUCCAACGGGUCCGCGUGGUGCUCGAGGUGCAAGAGGUCCAACAGGAAAACCUGGUCCCAAGGGCACGGCAGGCAAUGAUGGCCCUCCAGGCCCACCUGGUGAGAGAGGACCCCAAGGACCACAGGGACCAGUGGGCUUCCCUGGACCCAAAGGCCCUCCUGGACCUCCUGGAAAGGAUGGACUGCCGGGACACCCUGGCCAGCGUGGUGAGACUGGGUUCCAAGGAAAGACUGGUCCACCAGGUCCGGGAGGUGUUGUUGGGCCCCAGGGACCCACUGGAGAAACUGGUCCUGUUGGAGAAAGAGGACACCCUGGACCUCCUGGCCCACCCGGAGAACAAGGUCUUCCUGGUGCUGCUGGCAAGGAGGGAGCCAAGGGAGAUCCUGGACCACAAGGAUCGAGCGGUAAAGAUGGUCCCCCAGGUCUUCGUGGUUUCCCUGGAGAGAGAGGUUUACCCGGGGCAACGGGCCCAGCAGGACUGAAGGGUGGAGAGGGACCCCAGGGUCCACCUGGUCCAGUCGGUUCUCCUGGUGAGAGAGGUCCUGCUGGUCAAGGUGGUCCAGUUGGUCAGUCUGGUAGACCGGGUCCUCAGGGUCCCCCAGGGCCUGCUGGAGAGAAAGGUGCACCCGGUGAGAAAGGCCCUCAAGGUCCUGCUGGCCGUGAUGGUGUCCAGGGUCCUGUUGGUCUGCCUGGGCCUGCUGGACCCCAGGGCCCACCUGGUGAGGACGGUGAUAAGGGAGAGGUUGGAGAGCCUGGUCAAAAAGGCAGUAAGGGUGACAAGGGAGAGCAGGGUCCUCCUGGGCCAGCUGGCCUCCAAGGGCCCAUAGGUGCCCCAGGUCCUGCUGGAGCUGAUGGGGAGCCUGGGCCCAGAGGUCAGCAGGGUAUGUUUGGACAGAAAGGAGAUGAAGGUUCCCGAGGUUUCCCUGGACCUCCUGGUCCCAUUGGUCUUCAGGGGCUUCCUGGACCUCCAGGUGAAAAGGGGGAAAAUGGUGACGUUGGGCCCAUGGGUCCUCCUGGUCCCCCUGGUCCCAGAGGUCCUCAGGGUCCCAGUGGAGCUGAUGGCCCACAAGGUCCUCCAGGUGGUGUGGGUCCCAUGGGAUCUGUUGGUGAGAAGGGUGAGCAAGGAGAAGCUGGAAACCCAGGACCACCCGGAGAGGCAGGAACUGGGGGACCUAAAGGUGAGAGAGGAGAGAAAGGUGAAGCUGGCCCACCUGGAGCUGCUGGACCUGCUGGCGCCAAAGGACCCCCUGGAGACGAUGGUUCAAAGGGCAACCCGGGUCCCGUUGGAUUCCCUGGAGACCAUGGCCCCCCUGGAGAGCCAGGUGUUGCUGGAACUGAUGGAGAACCUGGAGAGAAGGGAGAGGAUGGUGAAGCUGGUCAACCAGGACCCCCUGGUCCAUCGGGAGAGGCUGGCCCACCAGGCCCACCGGGCAAGAGAGGACCUCCAGGCGCUGCUGGUGCAGAGGGCAGGCAAGGAGAGAAAGGCGCUAAGGGUGAAGCAGGUUCUGAGGGCCCAGCUGGCAAGACAGGACCUGUUGGACCACAAGGACCUCCAGGAAAGCCUGGUCCAGAAGGUCUACGUGGAAUCCCUGGGCCUGUUGGUGAACAAGGACUGCCUGGCUCCCCAGGGCAAGAUGGUCCACCAGGUCCAAUGGGUCCCCCUGGUCUUCCUGGCCUGAAAGGUGACCCUGGGUCUAAAGGUGAAAAGGGUCAUCCAGGUUUGAUUGGUCUGAUAGGACCUCCUGGAGAGCAAGGAGAGAAAGGAGACCGAGGUUUGCCUGGACCCCAAGGCUCACCUGGUGGCAAGGGUGACAGUGGUAUCAGUGGAGCAACUGGUCCCCUUGGUCCCCCAGGUCCCCCAGGUUUGCCUGGUCCUCAAGGUCCCAAAGGAGCUAAGGGUUCCUCUGGUCCUGCAGGUCAAAAGGGAGACACCGGUUCAAUUGGUCCUCCCGGUCCUCCCGGCCCACCGGGGGAGGUCAUUCAGCCACUCCCCAUUCAGUCACCCAAGAAGACCAGGCGUUCCAGUGACAUACAGUCAGAUGCAGCUAGCACCAUCAUGGAUUAUGGCGAGGGCAUGGAGGACAUCUUUGGAUCACUCAAUAACCUCAAACAGGACAUUGAACGCAUGAAAUACCCCAUGGGCACACAAAACAACCCAGCCAGAACAUGCAAAGAUCUACAACUCUGCCACCCAGAGUUCCCCGACGGCGAGUACUGGAUUGAUCCGAACCAAGGCUGCUCUGGGGAUUCCUUCAAAGUCUUCUGUAACUUCACUGCUGGGGGUGAAACCUGCAUCUAUCCCGAUAAGAAGUCCAAUGGAGUCAGAAUAUCCUCAUGGCCCAAAGAGGUUCCAGGUUCAUGGUUCAGUGAAUUUAAGCGUGGUAAAAUGUUUUCCUAUGUGGACACAGAUGGAAACUCAAUAAACAUGGUACAAAUGACCUUCCUCAGACUACUGACAGCCUCAGCCAGGCAAAACUUCACCUACACUUGCCACCAGUCUGUGGCAUGGCAUGAUGCCUCCAGCGACAGCUACGACAAGGCGCUACGCUUCUUGGGAUCCAACGAUGAGGAGAUGUCUUAUGACAAUAACCCGUUCAUUCAGGCCAUCUCAGACAGCUGUGCGACGAGGAAGGGUUAUGGAAAGACUGUGAUGGAGAUUAAUACACCCAAAAUUGAUCAGGUUCCAAUCAUCGACGUCAAGUUGAGUGACUUUGGGGACCCUAACCAGAAGUUUGGCUUCGAAGUUGGACCUGUCUGCUUCCUGGGCUAAAUGAAAAAAAGAAAAAGUAAAACGAAGGACUUGAAGGGGACAGCAAAGAAAGUCAAUAUAAGACAUUCUGGGUAACACCAAACCCCAUUUUUAGCCCCCCCACCCUUUUCUAUGCCACAUGCAAGUUUUGAAUAAGAAAUGGUGUAGCAAACAUGUCUUUCCAUGUAUGUACGUGUAACCCAGGAAAAUACUUGUUGCCCUUGUAGGGCUUGAACCACAUGACUUAACCACGUUAUGGAGCAAUGGUGAAGGACAUUGGAAAGCGUGGCAGAGGAGGGUGAAUUGGAGGUAACCAUGAGAGGGGGUCAGGCGACAGAAGGGGAAACAGAUCUCCUCUCUUGAUUCUCCUGGUGCUGUGUGAAAAUGACUACAAUGGUGCUUGAUCAAAACACACAAAAGUAUAUAGGGGUGCUAAGAAAGACGGUUUAUUUUGAUAAUUAUAAAAAAAAACUGUAAUUAUUAUUUUGUACAAUUCUGUUAUUUCCGAAUCCACUUUCAAAACUUGCAUGUGUAUCACAUCCUGCUUUUGGCUCUAUAUUUUCAAAGUUGGUUCAAAUAUAUCAAAUCUAAGUUAAAAACACCAUGAAAUCAAAGACAUUUAUCAAAUUUAGUAAUCUGUUUGUUUGUUUGUUUUUCAAACCCAGUCUCUUUACACGUCAAGAAGCAAAGAAAAUUGAGCAUUCAAACAAUUCUCUAUAGACUGUAUGACCUAUGUAUAUAUUGACAGUCCAAAGCUUGAGGUUAUUUGCUGUUUUACCUUUGCGACCAUAGGUGAAACACCUGGAGGCAUCACACCAGUACGUAUAUGGCAACAUCUCCCACUAAUGUUGUGAUCCUGUGCUUGUAGGAGGCAAUUAUGACAUCUAUUUCCAUUUAUUUAAUUCUAUUUGUUGUUUUUUCUGUAACACUUUUUUGACAGGCUCUUUUUUUUUUGGUUGUAUACCUCAAACUUUCUUGAUAACCUUUAAGAUGCAAGGAUUCUAUGCCCUGUAUAUACCUUGGUUAAGCAAUUAAGUAUAUAUAUUGUGGGUGGGGAUUUUUUUUAAAACAGAGAAAUACGUUAACUGUUAGACAUCCACUGUUCAAUUCCUUCUGUGAAUGCAAUGAGAAGCCCUCGUGGUGACCCAUUUUUGUAACUAAACUGAGGUGAUAAAAAUGUUUUAAUGUGCUUUUUAUAGUUCAUUUAAAUAUUAAAACUGGAUUCGAAACAACAUCGAAACUGAAUGUCUCAAUGGUGAUUUUGGGUGAUUUUGGAGCAGAUGAACCUUCUGUACAUGUCAAAUACUUUAAAUCAAGGAUAUGUUACAUCAGCUAAGAUUCUGGACUGAUGCAAUUCCAUAUCUCUUGACACCAAUAAAGUACAAUCUCACAGUAAUUUCAUUUGAUUCCGAGUAUGGAAACCUCAAUUAAAUGUCUUUUUUCAUUUUCCACCAGACGUAGAGAACAAAGAGCCCCCACAUGAUUAAAAUAGUCUAGUUUUGACCCAAACCCAUUUCUUUUCUGUCUUUCAAAAUAUCAGCUGCAUUUCAUGAUAUGUCUGAUGAAAGUGUUUAUGUUUCAAGUGCACAAACAAAACCACACAACAAUUGGAUUUGUGCUCACUCACUCGGAGUGAACUAAAUCAAAGGAUUUAAUCUCAAGGUUCAAUUGAGGAGCUUGAACUUCUGUGCAGUUUUUAAAUUGGACAUUUUUUUUUAACGUUUUAAAGUUUUUAAACAUUGCCCUUGUGCACAUUUGUGCAGAUGCAGCAGACUUUUUUGCCAAGUAAAGCAUGAAAAAGAUCAUUCCUAACUGGAAGUUUAAAGCAUAUAUAAUGUAAAACAUGAAGCAGUCAACUUGGUUAUGAAAGUUUAAGUUGUAGCUGACCAAAUUUAACGACAGAAUGAGCAACAUUACCUUUAACAAAAGUUAAAUGUAGGUGUUAACAUAGGUAAGACACAGACCCUGGGCUUCUCAGUGUCUUCUAUAGUUACAACUAAUACCGUGUGCUCUCACAUACAGCUGGUCUAGGGCAUGUAUUUAAGGGAAAAGGCAUCCGUAUAUCAUAUUUCAUCGGUGGUUUCAUAAGGAUGCAUUGAGCUCUUCUGUGUGGGAGGCUUUAUUCUUUGUUGGCCGUGACCAGUAGUUAGCUUAGGGUAAAAUCAAAGUGAAAUCAUUGGCUGGCCCAAAUUUGUCCUCAAGUAACGGGAAUUCUGAAGAUCAUAAGUUACUAGUUACAUAAAAGCUGCAUGUAAUGUGAAUAUUUUUGGUUGCUGUGUCCAUCCAGAAAAUGUAAAAAAAUAAAAAAUAGAAAUAAAAAAUAAAGC